AUGCGCACCUCACGUGUUUUUAAAGGUAGAUAUCAGUCUUUGUCCAUAUUCUCAGCAUCGCCUUACUGCGUCGCCAGCCCUGAUGGCAACUUCAUUGCUACUUUGUCUUCUCAGAGUAUUACAGUGCGCUUGACUCUCUCGCUCUCGAUCGCGCAUGUGGUGAAGCUACCAACAGAUCUCACAAACCCUGUGUCCACGUUGGCAUGGGCACCCUCAUCAUCUCGAAUCCUUGCUGCAAGUGCCGACCAGAUUCAUGUCUUCUCAGUAGUUGACUCGUCAUUUCGUGCCACGAUCAGGAAUCCUGCACCAGGUGGUGGGAAGCAGUCCCUGGUGCGCUUCGGGGCCCACGACGAUGAGGUCUUUGCUUGUGCUGGGCUCGGCCUCAAAUUUUCCAUUUUUGACCUUUCUACUUCUAAAGCUAUCGAGAUCAACAAUCCAAAGUUCUACCUUCCUGUCUCUGCCCAGAGAGGCUACUCUGUUCGGCCAAGAACGUCACAUCUUGCCAUUUUGACACGGACAGGUGGCCGAGAUCUUGUCAGUAUCCAUCAUCCUAAGACUAGACAGGUCCUGCGGUCAUGGUAUCCAGAAACAGUCGAUGUACAUGGCUUGGCAUGGACCCCUGACGGUCAAUGGCUUUUACUGUGGGAAGCUCCAGCACAUGGGCAUAAGCUUCUCCUGUACGCACCUGACGGUCAACCUUUUCGUUCCAUUGGGGCAUCCAGCAUUGUCAGUGGCCAGGAUGCGGACCUCGAGACUGGGAUCAAGUCUUGCGGCCUCAGCCCUGAUGCGUCAUUCUGUGCUAUAGGCGAUGGUAGCAAAACAGUGGCUGUCCUCAACACGCAGACAUGGAGAGAUGGCCUAAAACUUGUUCACCCCGCCACCGUUGUUCCAAAGGACACCCUUCAGGUCUGGCAGGAACAGCUGAAUGAUUCGUCCGAUGGAGGGACUUCUUACACAUUCCUCCGCGCAAAUCAGGUGGUUUCACCUCCAAGCCGAUUGGUCGAUGGUAAACCCCCAACCGACGUAAAGACAGGAUGCUCCUCACUAGCAUUUGAUGCAUCUUCGACCCUUUUAGUCACUAGGCUUGACGAUGCUCCUACUACUCUCUGGAUAUGGGAUGUCACUGCAGCCGAACUCCGGGCGGUACUGAUGUUUCAUUCGGCCGUUGAUUUCCAAUGGCACUCGACAACUCGCGAGCUCCUUUUGAUAACAUGCCAGGACGACAAGUACCGCGGCGUGUCCUUCGUGUGGGACCCUUUGUCUGAAGGACCUAAGCCCAUCUCGCUAGAAGCUCAGCUGCCAAAUAGCAAAAUCGUGGGGAAAACUCGAGCCGCCUGGAUUAAUGGGGAACCCGAGUUCCCGGUUCUGCUACUCUCAGAUGCACAAAACGGCGUCUUGGUAACAUAUGCAGAUUCGGCGCAGUGCCCGACUCCAUGGCGUGAGGGGGCGGUUGGCGACAGAACCCUGGGAUCGAUACAUGAUAUCGGAGAUACGAUCGACGUAUCUGCUCUGAUGCCAGACGACACAUCCACAUUGGACGACACUUUCUCCUUCAAGCACACGUGA